AUGAAACAUUCUUUAUAUUUUGUAUCCUCUAAGUAGUAAUCGUUUUGGAAUAGAGAUUUAAAUGCCUUAGUUAAUUACGAUUUUCGUGAAUUGUCCGAAAAUUAAAAGACUAUUGUAUUGAUUAAACAAGGCCAAAUUCUCAAGAUGAUAACUCCUCGGAGAUACAAAAUUUAUAGACAACACUUAUUCUAUUUUCGAAAGGUAAGGAAUUUAUUUUAUAAGUGAUUUAAUGAAGAGUGGUGAAAUUGGAGGCUUUCUCCUUCUUAAAAAUGUAUAUUGUUCUUUUCGCAAUAAAGACAAUACUAUUCUUAUUACCCUAUCCCAUGAUUUUUAGUAAAUUGUGCUACAAACCGGAAAUAAAUCAGAAGAAGUUGAAAAUUUUAUUGUUGAAUUGAAACAGAAUUGCAUCCAAGAAUCAAUACCCCUUGCAUUCUAAUGUUUAAAGUAAAAAAUCGGGGAAGGCAUUACUUCAGAGGUAAUUUCUUAAGAUUAUUUGUUCUAGGUAUUUGUGAUAAAUCAUCUAAAUAAUGAAAAAUUUGCAAUUAAAAAAGUGAUAAAAGCCCCAUUAGGACAUAAGAUGAGAGAAAAACAAGCAAAAAGUUUGGCUGAAGAAAUAUUUAUUAUGCGUAGCCUAGACAAUCCGAAUAUUCCGAAAUUAUAUGAAGUAUAUGAAAGUGAUGGUAUCUUUUUAUAAUUAAAACCUAGAUUCUGUAGAAUUAUUAAUGACUUAUUAUGAAGGUGGUCAUUUAUAUGAAAAGCUAUAGAAUUUUUCACUCAAACAAAAAUAACAAUUAGUAAGAGAUAUUCUAGAAACAAUGAAUUAUGUCCAUUCAUAAUAAAUUAUGCAUCGAGACUUGAAGCCAUAAAAUAUCAUGUACAAAGACAAAGACCCUUCCAGCACUGAUGUAGCCAUAAUUGAUUUUGGAUUUUCGACUAAUUAUAAAUAUUAAGAGCAUGUAUUAUAUAAUUGUGGUACUCCUGGAUAUGCAGCGCCUGAAGUUCAAGAAUAUAAGGAAAAAUAAAAAAUGUAUACCACUUAAUGUGAUGUUUUCAGUUUGGGUAUCAUAAUUUAUGAAAUGUAAAUUCAUUAUUUAUAAUUAGCUUCUAUGGGGUUCAUCCUUUUAAAUCAUCUAAUUCUGGCAGUCUUUGUUUCAAUGAGAAGAUCAAGUUGCCCUAAUCAUUAAAAAAUCUCAUUAUUUAAAUGACUCGAAUUCAACCUAAAUAUAGAUUCACAUUAAAGGAAUGUCUAGAACAAGACUUUUUUCGGGAAAAUCUAGAUUCUAAUUGCUUUGAUGAUUUGUUGAAAUUCAGUUUGGUCGAUUCAAUCUAUUAAAAAUCUUAGAAUGUUUCAAGAAAAAAUUCUAUAGAUCCUUCAAUCAAAUAAGAAAAAUAAAAUAAAAAUGAAUCUGUUAAAAAUAAAACUAUUAAUUCUACUGUCGCUGAAUCCAGAAAUCUUCUUUUUAAAAGCUUUGGUCCCAUUGAACAACUACUACAAGAUGAUUUACAAUUUAGUGAGAAUCACAAUUUUCCAACUGACUAUAACAAUUUACUUUAAAAAAGAAUUUGA